GUAUAAAUUGUUUAAUAUGAGACCUUACAGGGCACAACUCAGGAAUGUAUAGUCUAAGUAGAGUAGGGCCUUGAACAGAUCCUUGAGCUACCUCUCGGCUUUUAUUUCUCGUUUUGGCAACCUGACGUUCAUCACUUGUACAAAGGAUCCUUCACAAUUAGAAAACAUUUAAGCUACAUUUAUAAUUGCCCUUCAGCGUUGUUACUUGUUGAAUUGAAAUUAUUCGAUUUAAACUUUGUUAAGUCUGUUUCUGGUCAAUUUCGUCUGUACAUUCUGGCUGUUUAUGUCUGUCAGGACCAAAUUGGCUCCCCGUAAUCGGCAGUUACCACGUCUUCUACAAACUGUACAAAGAGCUCGAGUUCACCCACCUGGUAUGGGCGAGACUGGCCAAAAUGUACGGCCCGAUCACGGGCAUCAGGCUUGGCCGAGAUCGACUUGUCAUAGCGACGGACAACAAAACGGUGAGGGAGAUUUUAACGAGGGACGAAUUCGACGCACGACCCGACGGAUUCUUCUUCAGAAUGAGAUCUUUUGGACAAAGAUUUGGAAUAGUUUUUGUGGAUGGACCUUUUUUCAAUGAACAGAAAAAGUUCUGUAUGAAACACUUAAAAUCGUUUGGAUUAAACCGGAGCAUUAUGGAAGACAGAAUAACAGUUGAAACAACUGAAUUAAUCGCCGCUAUAAAAAGCAGUAGCAAUCGGCCGAUCACAGUUCCAAAUAUACUUGGAGUAAGCGUUGUUAACAGUUUGUGGUCGAUGGUCGCUGGAGAGAGGUUCAAAGUAGGAGAUUCGAGGCCACUCGAGCUUUUAAAUUUUAUAAGUUUGGGAUUUAGAUUGCAAGACAUGUCCGGAGGCUUGCUGAAUCAAAUGCCCUUCCUGAGGUUCAUCGCACCCGAACUUAGUUCUUUCAACAAAGUCCGUUUGGUCUUAAAUACCCUUACUAAGUUUUUACAGAAUUUGAUAAAUGAACACAGAAAAACAGUAUCUUCAUAUGAAAAUCGUGACUUGAUUGAUGCUUACCUAAAUGAAAUUGACAAGAAUAGAGAUGGUUUCACCGAACAACAAUUGGUCGUUCUUCUUUUAGAUUUGUUCUUGGCUGGUGCGGAGACGACACAAAGCACUCUCGGCUAUGCAAUUUUAAUGCUUUUACACUUCCCACAGAUACAAAAAAUUCUACAAGAUGAAAUAGAUACGGUUUGUGGGUCGAAUGUUCCCGAGGUCCAGCACAGAUCUAAACUGACUUACUUUGAAGCGUUCUUUAUGGAACUGCAGAGAUAUACGAAUGUAACACCUACAACAGUUUCUCACAGGGCGACAAAGGAUACUGAUGUAUUAGGAUAUUCAAUCCCUCAGGAUACAGUAAUUUUGGCUAAUCUAUAUAGCUUGCAUAUGGACAAAGAGCAUUGGGGAGAUCCUGAAAUAUUCAGGCCAGAAAGAUUUCUCGACGAAAAGAAGUGUAUCAUUAACGACGAGUGGUUUCUCCCAUUUGGAAUAGGAAAACGAAGGUGCCUUGGGGAGAUUUAUGCAAAAAUGAGCCUGUUCCUCUUUCUGUCGUCAAUUCUGUACCAUUUCACCGUGACUCCUGUCCCGGGCGAGCCAGUGCCGACCAUCAAAGGGCUCGAUGGUGCAACAAUCUGUCCCAGACCUUUUCAAUGCAUGUUUGUGUCUAGACGUUGAAACUAUUUUUUUAUUUUUAUAAAUAUUGUGAUACAAUUGUGUUUAUAUUGAUUUAUAUAUUUGUUGUAAUGUUAAUACAAUAAAGUGUUUUAAUUUUUUUUUGUUUUGUUGUAUAUAUUGUUAUAUAAAUAUAAAUCCUAUUCAUUUCUAGGCAAGGCAAGGACUUCUUUAAUUAUAAUUUGAUAAAUGAAAUAAAUUCAAACUAUAAUUUAAUGAUUAAAAAUAAAUAAUUGAAUAUAAAAGGGAUUUAAUUUUCUUAUACUAAAUUUAUUAUUUUUAUUUGUGUUCAUCUUUUGAUGAUUUUCAUUUCAUAAGGAAGGGGAGAUAGCGUAAGACCUGGGAUGUAAUCGAGUGUCGGUGGAUUGGAUUUGUCAACACACUCGAUUUUGUAUUGCUUGAGAAAAUUUGUGAAAAACAUAAAGAUAAAACUCUUUGCCAAAGG